AUUCAAGUCCUUCUGCCUGUGAGUGUGGUGGAAGCACGGCAUAUCUUCUCCAGAUGCAGGUGUGAUUGGUCAACAUAAAGUCGCCUGAGAAAACAACCCAGAGCAGGAGGAGGAAGAGGACAGUAUGGCUGCUUCUCAGGGGCAGUUGACCUUCAGUGAUGUGGCCAUAGAAUUCUCUCAGGAGGAGUGGGCGUGCCUGGACCCAGCUCAGCGGAAACUGUACAUGGACGUGAUGUUGCAGAACUACAGGAACCUGGUAUUCCUGGGUGUGUCUAAGCCAGACCUACUCACCUUUUUGGAGCACAUGAAGGAGCCCUGGGAGUUGAAGGGAAAAAAGACAAUACCCAUCCAGCCAGGUAGGUGGAAAUCAAGGAAAUAGAUGAUCCAGGUGAGAGGCCGAAGAUCGGGUAUUAUAUAAUGGUUUGGAAACAUCUGCUUCAAUGGGACUGAUUUUCGAGAGGGUCACGAUUAUUUCUAUUUCUGGCUUCGAGGGACAGAUCCUCUCCAUCAUCAUCUAAGGAUUCUCUUUCUGCUUCCAUCACAUUUGCAGUGAGAGCCAAAGUCCUCCUGUAACAGUGUAAGGGUGGCAUGACCUGGCUACUAUUGGAUUUCUUGGUGAACUUGGGGAAGUCUGUGCAUGUUGCUGAGGAAUUUUAAAUUAAA